CACCCUCCACUCCCGCCGCCCUUUACCCUCCUAACUCUUCUUCUCACCCUUCACCACCAGUGUCGUUCGCCGUCCACCAUCGCCUCGUCGUCUCCUCCACCGCGACCCACUCCCAGCUGUCCACCAUCGCCUCGCCGCUCCUCCACCGCGACCCACUCCCAGUAGACCUCCCAAAUCCAGCAACCACCAUCGCCUCGCCGUCUCCUCCACGCUCUCCCCUGCCGACCCACGCCGACCUCCCAAAUCCAGCUCUCUGAGGGAACCUCCCGCAUAGCUCACUGCGACUCAGCUCUCUGAAUUCGCAAACUCUUUUCUGGUUUGACCUAGCUCGCGUUUUGGGAGAACUCUUAUUUGGCUGGAAGGUGAUUCGAAAUGUUCUUCAUUUUGUGGCAAAGAAUGGGAUUCGGCGGUUGAAUUUUUGAAAUCGGAAUGCUGCAUUCUUGAAUCUUCAGAAUCUAGCUGUCCAUUUUGGGUUGGGAAUCGAGUUUGCAAAAUAGAUGAUCUCGAUCAGGAGAUAGGGUUUAGAGUUUAAACCAUGAAGGGUAACAGAAGGAGACGAGGUGUGAAAGGAAUCGACAGACUGAGUGACCUGCCAGACGGAAUUUUAUAUCACAUUCUCUAGUUCCUGGACAGCAAAUCUCUCGUCGGAAGCAGCAUUUUGUCCCGGAGGUGGAGAUGCGUCUGGAAAGAAGUUCCUGUUCUCAAUUUCAAUGGACGCUCGUUGUGGACGAAGCGGGAACGACAGGGUUUUGUGCGACAUGUCGACCAAGUUCUAUCCCACCGCUCCGACUGUAAUGUUUGCAAGAUUGGCAUAUUGUCUGAUACAGAUAUGGGUAUGCCUGAGAGGAUGUUCUCCGAUACAGAUAUGGGUAUGCUUGAUAGGGUGAUAAAAUAUGCAGCCUCUCAUGGUAUACAACAGUUAUCCCUUGAUGCUGCCUUGCUACCCGGAGAUUUCGACUUGAUCUCUACUUGUUAUCAAUCGUUGAAAGUUUUGGAAUUACAGCAAUCACAGUUGGACAGCACUGCAUUUGGGUUGUUGUCCUGUUUGAAAAUGCUCGAUACGCUGACUAUAAGCAUCAGUUUCUUUGACCUUUCUGGUGUGGAAGGGCCGCAUGACCCUUUCGCUGCUUUUUCCAAAUUGGAAAACCUGAACUAUUUGAUUGCUAUUCUAGUAGGGACGAGAAGGGGAUCUGUGUGUUGACUCAGGCUUAUGACUUGAUGAAACAUCAACCUUCUCCUUUUAAGCGACUGAAGUCCUUGAGUUUGCUGUGUUCCAAGGGAUCUCCUUUCGUACCUUACAAAGUGAUCCGUUACUUACUUGAAGGCUCCCCUGAUGUAGAAGAUCAAUCUAUUAUGGUUGAACAGGUAUGUGGAUAAUCCUAAACUCUAUUCCAUCUGUGUUUUGACAUACGCUGAGUUCGUAAUGUUACACACUAGUUAGGUGUGAUUGAUAACACCAUGAAUGACACAUGGAAAAUGCACAGAGUAAUAAGCUGACUUCAGACUUAAAUUUCAUUAUUUUCCCCAUCAUUUCAUUCAAAUCUGUGAGCAGGCAGCACCCGUGUAUAUGCGUGGAAAUAUUGUUGGUGUCAAUCUCUAAUAUUGCACGGCACAGUAAGCUGUUGUGUUGUGUUAAUUGCAGAGGCCAAUUCCUAGACAUCGAUCAUGAUCGCCAGUGCCAAAUCUGCCAUGAUGCGAGUUUCUGCCUUUCCAGCCUCGUGUUGCAGCUACAAUAUCUUUAUCAUAUCCAUGCCUACGUUUUUUUCAGGUGACAAUGACAUACUCUAUCUGAAUGCAGCUCCUGAAAUAAGGUUGAGCAGAUAUAAGAAGUUUAUUUCUUGACUUAAUUCACUUCACACUUGAUGUACGAUACGCGGCUUAACCCGCCUUUGUUGAGUCAUUUAUGGUAUCAGCAUACGAUGGAUAAUAGUUUCUUGUUAUUGUAUUAAUGCAGAGGCCUUUUCCAAAGUAUCGAUGUUGCUCGCUUAUUCGUCAAUUCAAGAUCUGAAUCUUACUGAUCUCUGCACUUAUAAGGAAAGGAGUGGAUCAUAGCUUUAUCUCCAGGCCUUUUGAUACAAACCCUAUUGUAGUUUGUUGCUAAUGGGAUAGACUAAAUAUGUAAUAUGUGUGUAAUUGUUCUAAUGUUCUUGUACCUCGUCAAACUAGUCGCGUAGCCUGUCACAGCUGUAUCCUCUUGUACUCCAGCUUCAGCUUGUGCCUUUUUGCGGGAGUGGCACACGUUUGGUUCUUCUCAAAGGCCAAGGUGUCUGUAAUUUGUUGUGAGUACUGGCCUUAUAGACCAAUCUAUUGCCUUUAUCGGGUUGCUAAUGUUGAUAAGAGUUUUUAGGUUUAUAUUGUACUAGGCAGAGAAUAGGGAUGGCAAUCAAACCAAUGCGCACGG